AUGAAGAGCAGCAGUAAUCUCGAGGCCUUCCUCCAGGCCGCAACGCCCCUGCUCCCAUGGCGCUCCAGCACCAUGGAACGGUUCCAGGGCGCGCCCAGCAGCGUGUGGCAACAGCCGGACGGCAAGAACAAGGACGCCGUGGAGUACUUCGCCCUGUCCGACCUGUGGGAGCACUACGCCGAGAGCAGCGCCUACGGCCUGGCCGUGCCCGUCCGGGACGCCGGUGACCGCGCCGUGGUCACCACCAUGCACUUCGUCCCCUACCUCUCCGCCGUCCAGCUCUACACCGCCACAAAAGCCCACCUCUCACACCCUCGGCGCCACCUCCAGGUACAGGGCAGCAAGACGGAUUCGUGGAGCGACGACAGCGUGGGCGACAGGUUCGCCGGCUCCGGGUCCUCCUCCUGGGACGCAGCGUCAGACGAAGACGAUUCUUCCUCCACCUACGACGGCAAUGGCUCCACCGGCGUCUCAGCGAAGCAGAGUGGGUACCUGAAUUUUCAGUACAGGGAAUGGGACUCGCCCUACGAGAGGGUGCCGCUGGCUCACAAGGUGGCGGAGCUGGCUCAGGAUUACCCAUGCCUCAUGUCACUUAGCAGCGCGGAGCUCUCGCCGUCCAACUGGAUGUUCGUGGCAUGGUACCCAAUCUAUCACAUCCCUGCUCAUGUCAACCUGAGGGGUACCUCUGCCUGCUUUCUCACCUAUCAUUCCAUCUCAUCAGUCUUCCAAGACAACAUACAUAGCGGGCUGGUACACGAUGAGGGUGAGAUCGCGGCGCUCUCGCCAUUUGGGUUGGCAACCUACAGGAUGCAAGGGGACCUAUGGAAGAGAUCAGGGUCAUCAGACCAUAGGAGGUUGUCUGAGCUCCACUGGGCGGCGGCCUCCUGGUUGAAGCAAGUCGGUGCUCACCACCCCGACUUUACCUUCUUCACAUCUUCUCACCGUCGAUAG